GAUGUAUGCCACCAGAUAUAAAAUGCUUCCUUGUCCAACUUAUUUCUUCGCUUCGACAAACCUCUCUCAGUUAAUCGACAUCCCGAGCCUCCUGAUCCAGAACUACGAUUUCCUGAUUCGUCAUGUCUGAUGCUGGGUCUGGUGCUCCCAUCACUCCCAGUUGGGAAAGCGCAAAGCUCUACGCUCUCAACGAUACCGUUGUUGCCGUUGUCAUCGUUUCCUAUAAUCCUUUCUUUGCGCGCCUGGGGAAAUUUAUCUGCAUCAGGGCUCAUACCAGUAAUGAACACAUAGAGCCCGGCAAGGACUACGGAGCCUACUGGAGCCUCGUUGAAUGGUAUAGCGCACCGUCCACAGAAUGGUGAAUAAUGUUCACCUCACGUAUUGAAUAUUUCGUAAUAGAACAGCGCUCCUUGCUCCAGAACAAGGGGCUGUGCUCUUUGAGCCUUGAGGACAUGCUUUCAAUGUCUAUG